AUGGAGCGGAUAUCAUCUUACCAAUCCUACCAGGAACUCCCACCAAGCUACAGCCGCGCCACUCGCAGCCCAACACGUCGCCGCAGCUCGACCAGUGCCGUCCGCCGAGUGGAAUUCGAGUUGCAGAUAUGCAGCCUGGACAGCAGCCGCCGCGAGUCCUGGACGGAGCCCAUCACUAUCUCCCUCCGCUCCGACCUUGCGUGGGAGGACUACCAGAACACCCUCGAGGGCCUCUUCCGCCAACGCAGCUGCAACAAGAAUAAAUCCUUCACCUGGCGCACCUCGCUGUACUUCGCCAACGGACGCUUCCGACAGAUCGACUCGCGCAACUGGGAGGAAGUCCUGCGCCAAAUCAUGAGCCUCGACUCACUGCCUCCCGGUUCGAAGGAUUGGCCCACGCGCUUGGUGGCGAGGAGCAACAUGAUGACUUCGAGCAGAUACGAAGAGCUCAUGGAUGGGUGUGCGCCGGAGGCUCCUGGCUGGGACGUGAAUACCUGGAAAGACUACAUGCUAUGCGGUGGAUGGUGUCUCGUUCCCUACGAGCGGGAAUCUGCGUCUUCAGGUCUUCGUGCUGGCUUUCAGAGCCCAGAGCGCAGCCCGAGUCGCUCCAGAGGCCGCAGUCCCAAGCGCACCAGUACUUCUUCCCACCCUUUCACCUCCUCCUCCCAGCAGCGCCGCGAGAGUCCAGCCCGCGGCAGAUCCCCGACCGUCAAUAUCGCCGCGCAGACUCGCCGUAACACCGAGAUCAACACCCGCAUGCCCUUCGACCCUCGCCGCGCUCCCCCAGUCAGAGUCCGAGACGUGAGCGCCGAGCGCAACAUGUAUCUCUCCCGCCGCGAACAGCGCCCUCGGGAGAUCUCUCGUCGUGAAACGCAAGGCCUACAGAGCACGAUGGCCGCCGCCAGCGCCGCUCGCCAGAGCAACACGCUUCCACAUCCGAGUCUCCGCCGUGAAACCCAGGACGUGCAGAGCACGAUGGAACGCACUACACUCCAGGGAUCUACGCGAGAGCCGCGCCGUCAGAAGAGCCCUUGCCACGACACGGAGGCUAGAAGCCAGAGGAGCGGCACCCGUGGAGUCAUGAGGCGGCGGCCGGGGGAGUUGGAGAAGUGGGAUGGACGGGGCUAUAUGCCUUUCUUUUAG